UGAACACACUCAUUGAACGGUAGCUGUGGGCCGUGUAAUAAGGUGAUGCCCAAGGUGCAUCACCUUUCAAGAACUGGAUCAUGAACAACUUUAUCCUCCUGGAAGAACAGCUCAUCAAGAAAUCCCAACAAAAGAGAAGAACUUCUCCCUCGAACUUUAAAGUCCGCUUCUUUGUGUUAACCAAAGCUAGCCUGGCAUACUUUGAGGAUCGUCAUGGGAAGAAGCGCACGCUGAAGGGCUCCAUUGAGCUCUCCCGAAUCAAAUGUGUCGAGAUUGUGAAAAGUGACAUCAGCAUCCCAUGCCACUAUAAAUACCCAUUUCAGGUCGUGCAUGACAACUACCUUCUAUACGUGUUUGCUCCAGAUCGUGAGAGCCGGCAGCGCUGGGUGCUGGCCCUUAAAGAAGAAACGAGGAAUAAUAACAGUUUGGUGCCCAAGUAUCAUCCUAAUUUCUGGAUGGAUGGGAAGUGGAGGUGCUGUUCUCAGCUGGAGAAGCUUGCAGCAGGCUGUGCCCACUAUGAUCCCACCAAGAAUGCUUCAAAGAAGCCUCUUCCUCCUACUCCUGAAGACAACAGGAGACCACUUUGGGAACCUGAAGACACUGUGGUCAUUGCCUUGUAUGACUACCAAACCAACGAUCCUCAGGAACUCGCCCUACGGCGCAAUGAAGAGUACUGCCUGCUGGACAGUUCCGAGAUUCACUGGUGGAGAGUCCAGGACAGGAAUGGGCAUGAAGGAUAUGUACCAAGCAGUUAUCUGGUGGAAAAAUCUCCAAAUAAUCUGGAAACCUAUGAGUGGUACAAUAAGAGUAUCAGCCGAGACAAAGCUGAAAAACUUCUUUUGGACACAGGCAAAGAAGGAGCCUUCAUGGUAAGAGAUUCUAGGACUCCAGGAACAUACACCGUGUCUGUGUUCACUAAGGCCAUUGUAAGUGAGAACAAUCCCUGUAUAAAGCACUAUCACAUCAAGGAAACAAAUGACAAUCCUAAGCGAUAUUAUGUGGCUGAAAAGUACGUGUUUGAUUCCAUCCCUCUUCUCAUCAACUAUCACCAGCAUAAUGGAGGAGGCCUGGUCACUCGACUCCGGUAUCCAGUUUGUUUCGGGAGGCAGAAAGCCCCGGUUACGGCGGGACUGAGAUACGGGAAAUGGGUGAUCGAUCCCUCGGAGCUCACUUUUGUGCAAGAGAUUGGCAGUGGGCAAUUUGGGUUGGUGCAUCUGGGCUACUGGCUCAACAAGGACAAGGUGGCUAUCAAAACCAUUCGAGAAGGGGCUAUGUCAGAAGACGACUUCAUAGAGGAGGCUGAAGUCAUGAUGAAACUGUCUCAUCCCAAACUGGUCCAGCUGUAUGGGGUGUGCCUGGAGCAGGCCCCCAUCUGCCUGGUGUUUGAGUUCAUGGAGCACGGCUGCCUGUCGGAUUAUCUGCGCAGCCAGCGGGGGCUUUUUGCUGCAGAGACCCUGCUGGGCAUGUGUCUGGAUGUGUGUGAGGGCAUGGCCUACCUGGAAGAGGCGUGUGUCAUCCACCGAGACUUGGCUGCCCGAAAUUGUUUGGUGGGAGAAAACCAAGUCAUCAAGGUGUCCGACUUUGGGAUGACAAGGUUCGUUCUUGAUGAUCAGUACACCAGUUCCACAGGCACCAAAUUCCCAGUGAAGUGGGCAUCCCCAGAAGUUUUCUCUUUCAGUCGCUAUAGCAGCAAGUCGGAUGUGUGGUCAUUUGGUGUGCUGAUGUGGGAAGUUUUCAGUGAAGGCAAAAUCCCAUAUGAAAACCGAAGCAACUCAGAGGUGGUAGAAGACAUCAGUACCGGAUUUCGGUUGUACAAGCCCCGGCUAGCCUCCUCACAUGUCUACCAGAUUAUGAAUCACUGCUGGAAAGAGAGACCAGAGGAUCGGCCAGCUUUCUCCAGACUGCUGCGUCAACUGGCUGAAAUUGCAGAACUGGGACUUUAGUAGAGACUGAGUAGCAGGCCACGGGCUGCAGUUCCUGAUGGAGGAAGGGUAUGUCCUCCUCCCAUAGAGCAUUAGAAGCCGCCACCAGCCCAGGACCCUACAGAGGCAGCCUGGCCUGUGGCGCCAGUCCCUGAGUUACCACAGAAGUAGCAUCCUGACCACGGCUGGCAGUCAAGCCACAGCUGGAGGGUCAGCCACCAAGCUGGGAGCUGGGCCAGAACAGAAGUGAUGUCUCUGCCCUCUCGCUAGCCUCUUGUCACAUGUGGUACACAAACCUCCACCUGACAGCUUUCAGGCAGCAUUUCUUGCACUUCUUAGUAAUAGAGACAGACAUGAGUAAGACCCAGAUUGCUAUUUUUGUUAUUUUAAACAUGAAUCUAAAGUUUAUGGUUUAAGGGACUUUUUAUUUGACCCAACAACACAGUAUCCCAGGAUACGGGGGCAAGGGAGCAAAGAGCAUGACUCUUUUUCUAAGAAAACUGGUGAGUUAACCAAAGUUAGAAAGAGUGUGCUCUGUUGCUACGAUGCUGUCAGCCGCAGCUUCCUGCCACAGAGAAUGGUGGAGCAGCUGCUCCAACAGGAGGCCGGAUACUCUGAGAAGCAGCUCUAUGAGGUUUUACAGAGUACGUUGCUGCCUCUCUCCUUGAAGGGAGUUUGGUGAGACCCACUGGAUGGAUUGGGGUGAACAGUUCGGGUCCCGUGCUUGGAGCAUUGGGUAUCUGAUGUCUGUGCCAGGACAAUGACUACGUGGUACAAGAGAGGCCUUAGGUUUUAUCAUUCCCAUGCUCAUCCUUCAUACCAAGCUAUGCAGGUGACUAUGUCUCCUCUUCUGCACAGAAUGCUUCCGCCAGCAUCUUGAGAACGAUUACUCGUAAAUACUGACUCUUGGGGUCAUCCUUUCCAGCCUCUGGGAAUCAGCCCCCUCUCUGCACUAUCUAAUCCUGAUCAACAGAGGGCAGCAUUGUGUUGAUUAGUUGUUGGCCUGGUGAGCAAUUGAAACUUGUUUAGGGUUGAGCAAUUUUAAGGUUGAGACUCCAAGUCUCUCCAAAUUCUAGGAGAGAAAUAAAGAGUCUGCUCUUGCUCAGACCGUCAAGAUGGAAACAGUCAGGCACUGACUGGCACUUCCAAGAUGCAGGAGAAUGCCUACUCUGGCUUGAGCACUUCUAUAUGCAAGGUGAAUAUGUACUGAGCUAGGAGUCUUUACUGCAAAAUCUCUGUUCACUCUGAGUUCACAUCCCCAUGAGGCAGUAUUAUUAUUCCCAUUUUACAAAUAAUGUCACUGAGGCUUUAAGAAGCCAAGACAUCUGCCCAAAGUGACGGAACUACAAAGUCUAGAGCUGGGAUUCUAGCCCAAAUCUGUCUGACUCCAAUACACAGAUUCUUUAUUCCUAUUCAACACUGCCUCCUACUGAAAAUGAAAGGGAUUGCAGGGGGGGAUAAAUACAGCAGAGAGGAAAGAUGGAAAGACAGUAAAGAAGUCUAUAGAACCACUAGCGAAGAGUGUUGCCCUGGCACUCCUUUUCCUACUUUAUAUCCUUAUCUUGGUCAUGUUAAUGACUUUGGAGUUAUUCAGUUAAUGAACUCUUUAAUUCUCACAACCAACCCAUCAGGCUGCUUGAAGCCAUUUAUAGACGAGCUUCAAAGCAACUUUAAAAGGUUCUUCUGUAGAAGUAUGAGUUCUUCCUUUAAUUAUCAUUCCAACUUUGAGCUGUAGUCUUCUGGAACACUUCAUGGGGAGGCAUAUUCCCUGAUAUAUGAGAGGAUGGUGUUGCAGUUGGCUCUUUCUAAAUCAUGUGACAUGUUGACUGGCUUGAGAUUCGGAUGCAUAACUUUAAUUAUAAUUAUUGUGAAGUAGAGAGCCUCAAGAUAAAACCCUGUCAUUCAGAAGAUGAUUUUACUCUGCUUAUCCAAAAUUAUCUCUGUUUACUUUUUAGAAUUUUGUACAUUAUCUUUGGGAACCCUUAAUUAGAGAUGAUUUCUGGAACAUUCAGUCUAGAAGGAAAACAUUGGAAUUGACCGAUCUCUGUGGUUUGGCUUAGAAAAUUCCCCUGUGCAUGGUAUUAUCUUUUUCAAGCUCAGAUUCAUCAAAGCCUUAACUGAAAUGUGUAGAUAUUUCACCUCCCAGUGCCUAUCCCACAAAAUGGGCUUCCUGUCUGGUUUUUCUCUCACAUUUUGUAAAUGGUGCCCUGUGUUUGUAGAGAACUCCCUUAUACAGGGUGUUGGUUCUAGUUUCAUUUUGUAGACUUUGCAUUUUGUACCUUUUGACUAUGUAUUUAUAUUUGCAUCAGAUGCAUAUUUAUUAAUGUACAGUCACUGCUAGUGUUCAAAAUAAAAAUCUU